CCCUCCCUCCCCCCGGCUUUGAUUGUGGCUGUUAUAGCUCAGGUUGACUGAGAGUGGAUGGACGGCGGUCGCCUGGCGUAGGCCCAGGCCCAGGGCUGAGGAAAGCUGCUUAGCAGUGCCUGGGUUGCUAUGGUGACGAGCAGGAGGCAGCGGCGGCAGCAGCAGCGGCAAGGCUGUCAGUGAGUGAGCGAGGGAAAUCAGGAGCAGGCAUCAGUGGGGGGCUGCAGGAGGGGAAAGCAGCAGGCGCAGCCGCCGCCGCCGCCAUGGAGGUUCACUGCGAUUGUGCCGAGCCCACCACGGUGGGCGAGCAGCUGCCGCCAUCGGGCAAGCUCAACAAAACCGCCUUCAAAUUGUUUAAGCGGAGGAAAUCCGGGGGCUCCAUGCCAAGCAUCUUCGGCGUGAGAAGCAGCGGCAAAGGCAAAAUCAGCGAAGGGGGCGGCGGGCAGGCGGGCAUGGUGAGGAGCAAGACCCACGACGGGCUGGCGGAGGUGGUGCUCGAGAGCGGCAAGAAGGAGGAACCGGGCGGCGGCGGGGACGACCAGUUCGUUGUUGUUGACGGUGGCGGCGGCGGCGUCGGCCGGGCCAAGGAUGAUUCCGCGGCGGCAGCGGCGUCCUGCUCGGCGGCGGUGGGGAAGUCGCACAGCUUUUUUUCGCUUUUGCGUAAAAACGGCCGCUCGAGCGAAGGUGGCAAAGGCGAGAGACCAAAGGGGCGUGGGGGCCUGAAGGGGCUCUUCAGCAGCAUGAGGUGGCACAGAAGGGACAAGCCUGGCGGCGGGGCCAAGGAAGACGAGGCCGGCGAGAGCUCCGAGGGCCAGCCGAGUCUCCUCAUGCCGGGAUCCCUCACAGCCAGCCUGGAGUGCAUCAAAGAGGAGGCACCACGACCCACAGCUGCAGCCCCACAGAGCCCUCCAGGGUUGACCAGUGAGGACCAGCUGCUGCCCCCUCAGGACACUGAGGCCAUACCCGGCCAAGAGCAGCAGGACCUUGAUGCCAGGGAGCUCCAGCACAGCCCACCUACCCCACCCGGAGUGGACCUCCCCAGGAUCCAGUUCCAGAUGAAAGAGAGCCACCCCCAGCCACAGGAUGGUGAUGGCCAAGAGACCAAGGAGGACUCAGCCAUAACAGGCUGUGGGGACAUUAUUGCUGACCAGGAGGAUGACGUGGGCAGCGGCAGUGGUGCAAGUGGAAGUGACAAGAGUGCCCCUGGGGUUGGCAGAGUGGGAGCUUCCAAAAAGCCCCCUGGCGUGGUAACUUAUCAAGGAGGAGGAGAAGAGAUGGCCAGUCCUGAGCAGGUGAGGGACACAUGCACCCCAGUGUUCUGGGAUAUGUUGUCGCAAACAGAGAAGUCACAGGAGACCCUGGGAGGGAAAGAAUCCCUUGAAGCCUCCAAAGAUGGCAGUUGUACCAAAAAGGUUCAGGAUGGGUCAACAACUGGGAAGCCCAUUGGUGUCAACCAGAUCCCGGUUCAUCACAACCACAGAAACAGUCAGAAGACUAGGGAAAAGGAGCAACAGGAAGCCAUCCCCAGCAGUGAUGAGGGCUAUUGGGAUUCCACCACACCUGGACCUGAGGAGGACAAUACCAGCAGUAUCCAGAAAGAGGUAAUUCCCAGGGACAGCUACAGUGGGGAUGCUCUCUAUGAUCUGUAUGCUGAUCCAGAUGAAAACACAGCCACAGUGACUUCUGCAGAAGAUGCCACCUCUGUGACUUGUUGCAAGCCACUGUCCCCAGUAACUUCCACAUGUCCAGUCAAAACCCAUACAACUUCACUCAAGGACUCCAAGAUACCCAUCAGUAUCAAGCAUUUUACAUCACCGCAUGCCAGCCAUGGCCCAGAUACCAGUAAUAGCCAUCACACUGCACACCACCAGCCUACCAAAAGUGAGAUCCCUAGAACAAAAAUCCCAGUUUCUAAAGUGCUUGUACACAGGGCUAGUUACCGGAGCCUAGGAGGGACAACAGGUAAAACAGCCACAUAUCAUGAAAGUGCCAAAAAAUAGGAGGAGAAGGAGAUGGGCAUGCCAGCCUUACAGGAACCCACUAAUUCACAGUUUGGCAUCAACUAAAGGAAGAGAACUACAUGUGCCCCUUCUCUGAACACCAGGGAUUCGUGCUUCUAAAGUCCAUCGUGAUAUAUAUAAAGUUAGAUUCUUUUUGAGCACUUUUUUAACAUUUGUAUCUGUUUUUCUGAAGCGCUAAACCACUCGGGAGGCCACUUUUCCAAUCUUUUGUGGAAGCUGGACUUUGAUUAGGAAUAUAAUUAGUAAUGCAAACUUGUGCCAUGAAUUCUUCAAAGAAGACAGAGAUAUGGGAGA